UGUGGUGUGUGUUUGUCGCUCUAUUAGAUGGAGCUGCUGCUUCUACUGGCGAUGGUGACAGCAUGUGCUGCCGCUCCUCAAGAUCUGACAGACAAAAUGUUCACUUUCCCACAAGAAAGCAACACAGAUUAUGUGAGGCUGACGACAUCAAGACAAAAUCUCGGGGCUGUAACCGCCUGUCUCAGGUCCUUCACAGAUCUCAGAAGAGAUCACUCACUCUUCUCUUUGGCGACACCCUCUGCUGCCAAUGACUUCCUGUUUUUCAAGAUGGCUGCAGCGGAUGAGUUUCAUCUAUGGGCCAGGGACAAACAGACUUCCGUUGUUGGGCAGGAUUACAGACUGAACACGUGGCACUCUAUUUGUUCCACAUGGGACGCUACAACUGGACUGAUGCAACUUUGGUUAGAUGGAAAACCCUCGAGUCGGAAAUUCGUCAGCUCUGGAUCCAACAUCAACGGACCCAUUAUAAUUGUUUUAGGACAGGAUCAGGAUUCCUAUGGUGGAGGUUUGGACACUAAACAGUCUUUUGUUGGCAUGAUGUCUGAUGUCCACAUGUGGGACUACGCACUUCCCCCCUGUGAGAUCAAGAGCUAUGCGAAUCACCUAACCUUCACGCCAGGCAACGUGCUGAACUGGAAGGCGUUGGAGUUCCAGAUUAUAGGAAGAGUGCUGAUAGAAGAUAAUGUGAGCACCUGUCAGUAAACUUUUGAUGCCGGAUUUCAUCCAGUCUUACAAGGUAAAAUCAGAACUUCAUGUCCAAUAUAAAGGGUUGUGUCAAAUUCAUCCAAGCUAUCUAAGUGUUCUCAAUUUUGGUUUGAUGUUUUUGUUUAUUUUCUUAUAAGAUGUAACCAUGAGUUUUUAUACUUUACUAAUGAGCGUCUUUCUGAACUUAUUGUCAUGUAUUGUGUGCAUUAAUCAUACAGGGAUUGGGAUACUCUGUUAUAUUGCUUAUCUGAAACAAUCAUUAUCACUCUAAACCUUUGUUGAAAGUUGAAACCAGCUAAAGAUGG